CCAUUUCUUAACUGCCCAGCUGCCUCUUCAGACGGUGACUAUUUGGGUGGGCAAGCACUGUGGUCCCAUUUGCCGGCGUUUGGGACGGAUGAAGAUGACAACAAUCAGCGAGUCGGAGCUCUCGCCUCUAUGCCUGUUACCAACGGUUUUUCCUGUCUCGACUACGGCUGCAAUGACACCCCCGGAUUCCUGCUCUGGUAUUGCCCAUGCCUCAUCAAUCUCCAAUAUCUGUUAUAUUCUAACAAGGAAAUUCUUGCGGCAUACAUAGAUUCCUUUUCUCCCAUUUCUGGUCCUCUUUUCCCUCAUCCUCCUCACCAUCAUUCAUUCGAUAGAUUUGGAGACUUUCGAGGGCUACCACACACUUUACAACCCCCCGCUAUGUCAACAACCAUGCAGAGCCUGGGGCCCUCCGUCAACUCUAUUCCGGCAUUUAUGGGACGGAAUAACGCCUAUUUACCUUCUUAUUCUCUUCAGCGGGGGCCGGGAUUCCCGCUGGGCGAUGCUUCUCGGGCUCCCCAGCACACGAACACUCGAGUUCUGGACACUGGCUUCGACCGUAGCCAGAACAGCUUGAUUCAGCCCAUGAUGGAACAAACUCAGCGAUCCCAGCCACAGGCUGAGAAUAAUUCAGCUCCACCGUUUGAAGAAACAUGCAUCCUUGAGUCCAUUGUGGCGGAUAUGGCAGGCGCGCAGCACACGAUCACACCUGAGGUCCAUGCCAAAAUGGGUAGAGGAUUCUUCCCAUCUGAAGGCAAAUGGACCUGCUAUCGCCGGAAUUAUUUCGCCGUCACCUGCUCAUUUACGCUGCAACCCUGGCUGUCAUCGGUUCCCCUGUACCUUCGCAAGCCAGAUCAGACGCUGGAACCUAUCCGAGGUUUCGCAAUGUCCAUCUCUGCAAUCGUGAAUGGGCAAUAUGGCGAGACUCGGGAUCUUGUGCAGCAUACUCCAAAGAGAGAUAAGCAGUCUGAGACCAGGCCUGGCCGAGUUAUUCUUCAACCUGCUCCGCCCAGUUCGCUAUCUGCAGGGUCUGUUUCAAAUGUUAGCAAUUCGGGAUUUUCGCAGUCGGUGGACUACAAUACAUCUUUCACAAAUACUGCUCCACCCUGUCAACCACCUACGCAGCAUAUUUUCCAGCGAAUUCAGUUCCAAAAGGCAACCGCCAACAAUGGCAAGCGCCGCGCGCAGCAACAAACCUACAAUCUGAUUGUUGAACUCCAGGCUGAAGUUUACAACCCCAUUGAUGGCAAAGCUCGUUGGGUUCACAUCGCUCGACGCCAAUCACACGCAAUGGUUGUCCGGGGGCGCUCUCCCGGUCACUACAAGGAUGGUCGUCGGGACAGCGCCGCUAGCAUGGGCCCCGAUACCAACGCCGGCGACGGCAGCGGAGGCUCUCUCCCUCCCGGAAUCGGCCAAGCAGCGCGAUCCCAUCUGCUCAUGUACGACUCGGGCCAUCGUGGUCCUUUCGGCAGAACAGAUUAUCGGCAUAUGCCUACGGCGGAGCAUUCCCCGCUGAGUGACAGUCCUUUGAUCUCGUCGUCUUCUUCGUCGGGCUUUGACUACUCAAUCAUGAGUGAUACGAUGGAUCCGAUGGAUACGCUGAAGACUGAUCACUAUCUCAAGACCGAUCCCUACCAAGACCCUACCUUCGCCGGAGUUGCCAGCCACCCACACAGGCAGCAGCUCAGUGCUGGAGGAUAUGACCCGGUCUAUUCGACUUAUGGCCGGUACGGUCCUAUACAAAACCCGCACAGCUUGUGCACCUAA